UCCGCCAUUCGAUCAAGUUGAGCUCAGUAUAAAAUUUUUAAAUUAAGAAAGAGGAGCCACAGUAACUAAAGGACGGUAGAUGUAUCAAGUUUAUGCCAAAUUGUCCGGUGACUGAUGAUAAAAAGGAAUUCGUUUACAUUUAUUAGUAGACAGAUGAUAUAGGAACGCGUGUGUUUAUUCAGUCAGUGAUACCGUAGCUAAGGAGACUGCAAUGGUUUAUCGUCUAGUACAGAAGAAUUUCCUGGCCGUGUUCGACGUUACCACAGCGAUGAUGGUCAAGUUUAUAUGUUUAUUACUGGUGGUGUGCUCAGUCCAGAGCCUGCAGCUCGACAGUCAGGCCUCCACGAGAAGACCGAGGGUCACGAAGUAUAGCAAGACUACUGUUGCUCCUGGAGGAUCUACGGAAGCGGUAACGGAACGAAGCUUGAACACCGCGACGUACCGGCUGCUGGGCAGAGACGGCGAGACCUGCAUACUGCUGAUGGUGGACGCACUGCUAGACAUAUCCUACGUCACUAAGCUUAAUGAGAGAGCCGAUGCAAACACAUUUGUCCCGAAUAACGCCAACGUGGCCGGAGCGUGUAAAGAGAGCGACGCAGAAACACUGGUGCUGACCUUCAAGGAUUUCGCUUUGGAGUUUUCGUUUUCGAAAACACCUGGCGGUGAACGCUGGUACGCCGACAGUCUUCGCCUGACAUACAACUCGAGCGCUCGCAUCCUGGAGCACGCAGCCAACCAGGGACGCAAGGUGACCCUCAGCACUGACUCCAGGGAACUGCUGUUUCCAACGCCUGUCGGGAAGUCCUACUCAUGUCCUGAGGAAACUGUUAUUGAGCUGGCGGAGGAAGACGCUAACCCCGCCACAAUCCACCGAGCAAAACUGUACCUCCGCGAGAUGCGGCUGCAGGCCUUCAUGUACAAGCGCGGCGGCGAGUUCGGGCCCGCCUGGGCGUGCUCGCGCGCCGCCCGCGCCCGCGCCGAAACCGCGCCCGUCGCCGUCGGGGCCGCCCUUGCGCUCGCCACCGCCGCCACUCUCGUCGCCUACGCAGCUUGGCGCUACCUCAAGGUCAAGAAGGUACAGUAUGACACCAUGGAGUAGACAACCAACUGUCAUUUUACUUUUUUGAAAAUAGAAUUUUUAUUGCAACAUACCAGGUUUUUGUACUCAACAGACGUUUGCGUUCGAAGUAGUGUUGUUGCCAUAUCGAUAUUUUUAGUUCGAUAAAUUUUAUAAUAUUUUCGAUUACUAUUAUGACAUUUGAAGUAAUGUACGUGAUUUGAAGAUAAUAAAUAAAAGAAUACUUACUAAAUUUCAUCAAGUUUUAGAUAAAUUGACUCUAGAUAGACAUCUAAAUUCACAGUGAAAGAAACAAAUUGGUCUAAUUAUAAUGUUUUUUUCUUUUUAAGGUAAACUUCUUUACACUUAAAUGAAAGUGUAUGUCUAAUAAAAAAGUAUUUUUCUGCCUAUUCUUGAGUUUAUCUUUUUUUAUUGUUUUCAAAUCGAAAAAUGCCUUUUUCUAAUCUUUAUAUUUUGACUGAUCUUCCUCUUCAAUUUCUUUGCAUAAGUGUCUUUUUUCCAAAAACUAUUUAUAAAAGGAGUUUUGAAGUAGAUCGUUGAUAUAGUGAGAUCUAUAAAGAUUGUCUUGUAUGCCAAGUGGUAAAAUUUUUUAGUGCGGUAGACCAAACUGUUGUUAUGUGUAAGAACUAAGAAUCAAGUGAGAUUUAUUAAUGAUAUUGUGCAUCGUUUACACUUCUGUACAUAUUUGGCGAACUCGUUCAACAAACCAAAGAAAAUUCUUUUCAAAUAAAAUUACAACAACGAUAUAAAAAAAUACGAAACAAAACAACAUUGUUUUGCUUUGUUCUAUUAAAAUAUGUACACAAGUGAAUGUAAGUAAAUUAUUGUAUUAUACAUUUUUAUAAUAAUUCUAUCUAUUCAUAUACAUUAAUUGAAUACAAUAUUAUUUUACCACGAGUGCUGAAAAAAAAAAUAUGGAAAAGGUGUCAAAUGAAAAUGUGCGAAAGAUAAAAUAUUUUUUAAUAUUCGUCUGUUAAGAUCAUAAAUAUGCACAAUACGUAGAAUUAUUAUAAAAACGAGCGAAAAAUGUCAAAUUGAAGCACUUUAUCGAGUAAAAGUGAUGUGCGCUAUCGAUAAGAUUGCUCGAUAAGUCGAUAUUAGCAUAGUUACAGUAAACACUAUUAAUCAAAUAACUGUUUUAUAUUUAUAUGUAUAUUCAAGAAAUCUCAAAUAAUCAGAAAAUAUUAAGUGAUUGUUCAAAAUGUUGUUGAUGGUUGAUAUGAUGUAAAAAUGUAUUUAAUCCCCAUGUAACCCCAAAUAACCUAAAUAGGAUAGUUUUAUGAAUUGUAACUUGGUUUAAACGAGAAAAUUGGCUUACAUAAUAAUUUGAAAUAUUGUUAGAAAUAGUUUAGAAUAAUUUAGAUGUGGGCUUAGCCAGGAGUAAGUAUUGCUUGUGUAGAUUAUGGUAUAGCAUGUCUCUAAAAGUUUAGGACACUCAAACCAGUUACGU